AUGAAAGACUCUCGCAUGACCCUCCAGACCCAUGGCCUCUAUGUCCCUGCUCUGGCAAAACCCAAGUUUAAGCCACAGCAGGCUCCCGCCCAGGCUGCCCUCCCGAAAUAUGAGGCUGCCCACAAGAAGCAACAGGACUAUAAGAAAUGCCCGCAAAGACAAUACCGGCCUGCCCCCCAGCCUGGGUCCUCUAAGGGCAAGCAGUGGUCAUGGCUCACCUCGGACCAUUGGGUCCUCAACACCAUCUCCCGAGCUUACACCCUCCAGUUUACCUCCUACCCGCCCAAUCACCCCCCACCCCCAUCCCUCUUGGGGGACCCAUUGCAUGAGGCUCUGCUCGAGCGGGAGGUCCGGAGGCUCCUGGAACUAGGAGCGAUAGAGGCGGUGCCCAAGGUGUUCCUGGGGAAGGGGUAUUACUCCUGGUAUUUCCUUAUCCCGAAGGCCAAAGGGGGGCUCAGACCCAUACUGGACCUGCAACGUCUGAACCGGUACUUGGUAAAACUCAAGUUUCGCAUGGUUUUCCUGGCCUCCAUCAUCCCCUCCCCGGAUCCCGGGGAUUGGUACGCAGGCCUUGAUCUACAGGACAUGUACUUCCACAUCCACAUAUUCGAGGGGCACAGGCGCUUCCUCUGUUUUGUGGUGGGACAGAAUCACUACCAAUUCACCGUCCUCCCAUUUGGUCUGUCCAUUGCCCCCAGGGUCUUUCCAAAGUGCAUGUUGGUAGUAGCGGCCUACCUCAGGCGCCGGGGGGUCCAGAUAUUCCCCUAUCUGGACGACUGGCUGGUCAAGGGAACCUCCCAGUCGCAGGUUCGAGACCCUGAAAGGCUCAUCGACUUGAUCGUAAGGUUCCCGGUGACGACAGUCAGGUCCUGCCUGCAGCUGCUAGGUCACAUGUUGGCGUGCACGUAUGUGGUCUGCCACGCCAGGCUCAGAAUGAGGCCCCUACAACUCUGGCUGGCCUCACAGUUCUCCCAAGCCACAGACAGGUUGGACAAGGUCCUCACCGUGCCAAACUCGGUGGCUACCUCCCUACGGGGGGGCCUGGGGAAGUGCGCUAUCUCCGAUGCCUUUAUCCUGCCCAUGUCAGGCCACCUCCUAUACGCCUUCCCUCCAUUCCCGCUGAUCAGCACUGUCCUAGAGAAAAUAAAGACGGACAAGGCCAAGGUCCUCCUCAUUGCCCCGGCGUGGCCCAGGCAGCAUUGGUUUCCGGUCAUGGCGUCGUGGGCCUCGGUUGUGGACCUGCCAUCUGCCUGGACUAUCCGGGUCUCCAUCUGCUCAUGGGAUUAUCUGGAUAAUUAUAAUUAUGAGGAGGGAAACCGGAAGUCAGUGGGCGGGACAGGAAGUACAAAAGUCGGGCCGGAAAACUCAAUUGGGGCCCAGCUGCUGGAGGCACCAGAGGCUUCCUGCAAGCUCCGGAGCUGGGAAGCUGCCACAGACCUGGAGGAAUCUGAGGAGUGGCCAGGGCCAUUUAGAGACCCAAACACGGAGGAGCUGCAAGCCCUGACAGAGGCCCUCUUCCCCAACAACAUGGACGACCCUCUACAGAGCCAGUUUGGGUAUGCCGAUUGGCUGGAUAUCAUUUUGAUGAUAAUAGGUUUGAUUGCAGCUGUUGCAAAUGGAACAGGGCUGCCACUUUUAAUCGUUGUCUUUGGAGAGAUGACAAACAGAUUUGUGACGACUGGCCAAGCAGUAAAUAUGUCUUCAGGUUUGGAUAUAGAAGCUGAAAUGACCAGGUUUGCCUACUACUAUGCGGGUAUUGGCUUUGCUGUAGUGAUAUUGAGCACGAUCCAAGUCUGGACAUUUUUGACCUCAGCUGCAAGACAGACAGCAAGAAUCCGACAAAAGUUUUUUUUUUCAAUACUUCACCAGGAGAUGGCUUGGUUUGAUACCAGCCAGAUUGGAACGUUGAACACCCGACUGACGGAUGACAUUAACACCAUCCAGGAAGGCAUCGGAGACAAGUUCUGUAUAUUUGUACAAUUCUUUGCCAUAUUUCUGACAGGGAUUGUUAUAGGAUUCGUCUACGGGUGGAAACUGACUUUGUUGAUUUUGUCAGUUAUCCCUCUCCUUGCUGCAGUAGCAGCAGUUGGAUCAAUCUUCCUGGCAUCGUUCACUACAAAAGAGCUGACUGCUUAUGCUAGAGCAGGAGCUGUGGCGGAAGAAAUUUUGACUGCUAUCAGAACAGUGGUUGCUUUCAAUGGACAGAUGAAGGCAUUAGCAAAAUAUGAUGUUAACCUAGAGAAUGCUAGGAAAGUUGGAGUCAAAAAAUCCAUUACCACCUACACAUCUUUGGGUUUCACAGAGUUUAUUUUAUUUGGAGCCUUUGCUCUUGCAUUUUGGUAUGGAACCAAACUCACAGUGGAGGAGAAAGAGAAUUAUGACCUCGGAUGUGUGUUAAUUGUAUUAUUCUCUCUGCUCCGUGGCGCAUUCUUUCUCGGACAGGGCUACCCAUACUUGGAGAGUGUUGCCAAUGCUCGAGGUGCUGCCUAUGAAGUGUACAAGGUUAUCAGUAAGCACCGUCUUCUAGAUAGCAGUGCCAAGGAAGGAUACAGACCAGACAAGCUCAAAGGAGACAUUAAAUUCAAAAACAUCCAUUUCUGUUACCCAUCUAGACCUGAUGUUAAAAUUCUCAAGGGCCUGAACCUGAAAGUUCAAUCGGGGAAGACCAUCGCUCUGGUUGGUUCCAGUGGCUGUGGCAAAAGUACUGCUAUUCAGCUGCUACAGAGAUUCUAUGAUCCAGUCCAAGGAGAGAUUACCUUAGAUGGACGAGAUAUUCGGACACUUAAUAUAAAGUGGCUAAGAGAACAUAUUGGCCUUGUAAGCCAGGAGCCUAUUUUGUUUGCUACAACAAUAGCUGAGAACAUUUGCUGUGGCAGAGAGGGUAUUACUGAUUAUGAAAUUGAGAAAGCAGCUAAAGAAGCCAAUGCUUUUGAUUUUAUAUCCAGACUGCCUGAUAAAUUUAACACCAUGGUGGGGGAAAGGGGAGCUCAGUUGAGCGGAGGGCAGAAACAGCGAAUUGCUAUUGCCCGUGCCCUGGCAAGGAAUCCCAGGAUUCUGCUGCUGGAUGAAGCCACAUCUGCUCUGGACACUCAGAGUGAAUCUAUUGUGCAAGCAGCUCUUGAUAAGGCUAGGGCUGGACGUACCACCAUUGUGAUAGCUCACCGGCUCUCCACAAUCCGGACAGCUGACAUUAUUGCUGGAUUUCACAACGGUUUUGUUGUUGAACAGGGAACACACAAUGAACUCAUGACACAGAAGGGUGUCUACUAUUCUCUUGUGAUGCAGCAGGGUCAUGGUGGAAACACUCAAAAUGGGAUGUCAGAAGAUGAAGACUAUGAGGAAGAGGAUCUAGAUGAUCUCAGGAUGGAGAACCUAACUGAUGUUGGUGGUUUUGAAGAACCAGGAAUCAUUGAGAUGGGAAGCAUUCCUAAGGGAUCCAGAAGGCAUAAAAGCAGAAAGACCUCUUCUAAGAAAAAGUCGUCUGAAAAGAAGAAGAAAACAAAGGAGAAAGAGGAGGAAAAUCUCCCGGCUGUGCCUUAUUCCAGAAUUCUGGCUCUGAACAAACCUGAGUGGCUGCAUAUAUUCUUUGGCGUGAUUGCUGCUGCCUUCUCUGGUGGCAUCCACCCUGCAUUUUCUGUUCUAUAUGGAAAAAUCGUUGGGGGUUUUCAAGAAACAGAUCCUGAAAAAAGGAGCAAAACCACCACAUUGCUUUCUCUAAUGUGUCUUGUACUGGGAGUGAUCAGCUUAGUAACACACAUAAUCCAGGGAUUCAUGUUUGGAAAUUCUGGAGAAGUUCUGACCAAGAGAUUGCGAUCUUUGUCAUUCAAAGCAUUGCUUCAACAGGAGAUUGGGGGGUACGACGAUCCUAAAAAUGCCAUAGGGGUUUUGUUAACCAGACUAGCUACAGAUGCUUCACAAGUCAAAGGGGCUACUGGAAGCCGACUUGGCUUGUUCACUAAGACUGCCUCUACCCUUCUGACCGCCAUCAUUAUUGCUUUUGUAUAUGACUGGCGAUUAACUUUGCUUAUCCUGGCCUGCAUUCCUUUCGUUAUUGCUGCAAGUGCUAUUCGACUGAGCUCUGUGGCUGGUCAGGCAUCAAAAGAUCAAAAAGCUUUGGAAGAGGCCGGACGAAUUUCAACGGAAGCAGUUGAAAAUAUAAGAACUGUGGCUUCAUUAACUAGUGAAGAUGCAUUCUAUGAGAGAUAUAAUGCAAGUUUGAAUGGUCCAUACAGGGACUCUCUAACAAAAGCCCCCCUAUAUGGACUUACUUAUGGAAUAGCCCAAUGUGCAAACUACUUUCUCAAUGCAGCAAUCUUCAGAUUCGGGGCAUGGCUCAUUGCUAAUUGUUAUACAAACAUUGAAAAUGUAUUUAUAGCCGCCUUCUCAGUUCUAUACGGUGUUAUAAAUGUUGGGCAGUCCACUUCUUUGGCACCAGAUUUUGGCAAAGCUAAAGUUUCUUCCCAACGAAUCUUUCAGCUUUUGGAUCGGAAACCCUUAAUUGACAGCUAUAGUGAAGAGGGUACAAAACUGAGUCAGUUUGAUGGCAACAUUGAAUUCAGGGACAUCCAUUUUAUAUACCCUACAAGACCAGAAGCUCAAGUUUUGCAAGGACUCAGCGUGAAGGUUAAUAAAGGACAGACGCUAGCCUUGGUGGGGAGCAGUGGUUGUGGCAAAAGCACAUCCAUUCAGCUGCUGGAGAGAUUUUAUGACCCUAUGGCAGGACAAGUGUUUGCAGACGGGUUCGAUACCAAGUCUUUGCAUUUGCAAUGGUUAAGGUCCAAAUUGGGUAUUGUGUCACAGGAGCCUAUUUUGUUUGACUGCAGCAUUGCUGAAAAUAUCCAGUACGGAGACAACAGUAGGGUUGUCAGUCAGGAGGAAGUUGAAGAGGCAGCUAAAGCAGCAAAUAUUCACACCUUCAUAGAACAUCUCCCAGAGAAGUAUAAUACCCGAGUGGGUGACAAAGGAGCACAACUUUCUGGAGGUCAGAAACAAAGAAUAGCAAUUGCUCGUGCUCUAGUUCGUAAGCCAGCAGUUCUGCUUCUGGAUGAAGCCACAUCUGCUCUUGACAUGGAAAGUGAAAAGAUUGUCCAGAAAGCCUUGGACGAUGCCAGGAAGGGUCGAACCUGCAUUAUUAUUGCUCACCGCUUGACGACCGUCCAGAACGCUGAUGUCAUAGCAGUGAUUCAUAAUGGAAAAGUAGUGGAACAAGGGACUCACAGCCAGCUGCUGGCAAAGGAAGGACAUUACUAUGCACUUGUAAAUGCACAAGUUUCUCAUUAA